UAAAAUCCAGUCAUCUUUUUCUGACUUCCUUCCUCAACAAUUCUUGCCACUCGACUCUUGACAUGUCCGAAGAUGAAUUUGGAGACGACUCGAUAUUCUUGGAUGACUCUUUCUUGCGACAGGUUGAUACCAUCUCUGCGCAAAUGACAGCGGCCUCAACCUCUUCGAAAAACGAUGGGUUACGACCGGUGUCAAGUAUCGCUCGAAACUCCCGGCUGGCAACCGCCGUAAGCAGAACAGCCUCGCAUAACGAGGUUUCGCCGAAGAGAUCGCAGACUAUGCACGGCGUGGGAAGGACCUUCUCGGCACCCGGGCCUAUUUCAAAAGCUCUACCACAGCAACGCCCGGCGGCGAUCUCAAGGCAACAGGCAGUGUCCAAGGUUCCUCCUCAACGCUCUUCCGACGAAUACGACACGAUAGACAUUCCCACCGAAUCACUGGAUGCUUUCGACGCUAUCAUUGCCAAUCCUCCCAAAAAGCCUUCCCAUCCCGUUUUCUCUGGUUUCCCCCCAAAACCCAGCACCAGCGCUUUAUCGUCUCGCAAUACGAGCGCGCCCUCUCGUCCUUCCUCUUCGUUUGCUCGUCACCCCAGUUCCUCAAACAAACAGGACAGUCUCCAUCAAACCCAUCUCAACUGGCGUUCCGAAUCUCGAUAUACCAAAGGCAAGCGAUGGGACAGGACGCAGUUUGCCAAGACCGGUAGACGUAUCAUUUCUCUAGCUGGGCGAGAUAAAGUUUCCGGAGGCAAAGGGAAGGAGAGGGAGAGCAUAGCUCCUAGAUGGGAAGAUGAUGCUAUUGACGAAGACGAGUUCAUGGAUGAUGAUAUGGGUGAUGUAUUGGCUCCUGCACCCAGAGAUUUUAAUGCUCCUUACGGGCCCCAAAAGCAAUUACCAUCUAAAGCGACAAUAAACACAUACAUAUACCCCACCAACCAUCCUAAACGAGAUUACCAGUUUGAGAUCAUACGGAAUUGCUUUUUGGACAAUACUCUCGUUGCUCUUCCGACAGGUUUAGGAAAAACUUUCGUGGCUGGCGUUGUCAUGCUAAAUUUCUACCGCUGGUUUCCAACUGGCAAAAUUGUAUUUCUUGCUCCCACCCGACCUCUUGUGGCCCAACAAAUUGAAGCUUGUCAACUUUCUUGCGGUAUACCUAGUAGAGACGCGGCAAUUAUGACAGGAGAAGGGGGGGCGAGGAAAGGCCGCGAACGUCUGUGGGAGGAAAAAAGAGUAUUCUACUGCACGCCGCAAACGCUAGAUAAUGAUCUAAAGAAUGGUGCAGUAGAUCCGCGGGAUAUUGUCCUUGUGGUCCUUGAUGAGGCUCACAAAGCCACUGGCAAUUACGCCUACACCACAAUUGUCGCCUACAUAACAGCCCAUCACCCGUACUUUCGUGUCCUGGCUUUGACCGCUACUCCAGGAGCCGAUGUGGAAAAGGUGCAGAAUGUGGUCGACGCGCUCCAUAUUUCGAGAAUUGAGAUUCGAGAAGCUGAGGCACCGGAAAUCAGGAAGUAUAUGAACACGAAGCACAUUGAAAAACAUGUUGUACCUAUGUCGGACGUAAUUGUUGACUUCCGCGAUCGUUUAUCUGCACUCAUGGUACCGUUCAUCAAAAAGCUUGUCGACAAGGAUAUCCUCACUGAACGAGACCUUGACGCCAAGCGCCUGCGCCCAUUCAGGAUUACCGCUAAGAAGAUGGAGUUGGGAAAGUCAGGGCAAAGGUGGGCCUUUGGACCACUGGGAGUGUUAGACAAGAUGGCACGAGCAAUGAGCCACCUUCUGGAGUUCUCUCUGGGAAUGUUUCAUUCCUCUCUUGACGAGAUGGUGUCCGCUGGCGGCAAGUCGAAGGCAGGUGCAGGCGGUGCGAAUAGUAUUGCCAAUAAUUUUGAGUUUCAACGACUUCAAAGAGAUGUCUCGCAGGAGCUCAGCUCAAUCAAGAUCGGGAGAAAUGGAAAAACGGGUGCUGAUCGCCAUCCUAAAAUGCAAAAAGCUCUUGAACUGAUGCUUGCACAUUUCUCUCAAGCGGAAGAGGAAGAAAAUACUUUGGGUCAGAAGAAUAACACUCGAGCCAUGGUGUUUUGCUCUUUGCGACCUUGUGUGAUGGAACUUGUGGAUAUGUUCAACGAACACCCCAAUUUGUUGAGAGCUACCAAAUUUGUAGGGCAGUCGAAUGGUAAGGAUGAGAGGGAUAAGGGGUUCAAUCAAAAGGAGCAGAAGAAGACUAUCAACGAGUUCAAAGCCGGCACGUUUAAUAUCUUAGUUUCAACUUCUAUUGGUGAAGAAGGAUUAGAUAUUGGCGAAGUCGACUUCGUCGUACUUUACGAUAUGCCCAGACAGUCUAUAAAACUUUUGCAACGUAUUGGGCGUACCGGCCGUAAACGUGAUGGUAUAGUUCACGUGCUCAUGUCUGAAAACCGAGAAGACAUGAAUUGGGACACGGCACAACAAACUCAUCGCGACAUUCAAGAAGAAAUUCUUCAUUCACGUAACCUAGAGCUCUUCGAAGACGUUGAACCUCUCAUCCCUGAUCGCAAAAUGCCGGAGUGUUUGGAACAGGUCAUGCCUGUUGAUCCUUGGAACCCUGAUGAUCCGCAGUACAAGAAGAUGAUGGAUGAGGGAGAGAAAGAAUUGAGGCGGAUGCAAAGAGCUCACCAACCACCGGCGAGCAGAAAGAAGAAGAAGCCGAUGGUGAACGAAGUGCCGGAGAAUGCGAGAGGUUUCACGAGUGUGCGGGACCUUUUGAGGGAGGCUGAUAAAGUGCUUUUGAGGCCGGAUACAGAAGGAGAGGAUGAAGACGCUGGCGGUGGCAAAAGCAAAGGCAAGGGUAAGGGCAAGGCAAAAGCAAAGGAUCCAUCUGCACCGAAGAUCAAGCACAGAGCUAGGAAGAGGGCGAGGACUCCUUCUCCUAUACAGACUGAAUCGGAAGAUGGAGAAGAUCAAAGCUUGGAAGCGUUGUUUGCUGUUCAGGAGAAAGAGGAUCGUACAGAAAAACCGUCAACAAAGAGGAAGGCCCCGGUCGCAAAGGUUGCUUUGGUCACGAAACGGCCCCGAAAGUCUUCGCCUGGUCUUUCGACCUCUUCAUUGGCCAAGACUGGAUCUUCUGCGAAAGCAUCGUUUCCCAGCGGAAAAUCUACCGUCGAUGCCCUCAAGGCAGAGCAAGGUGCAGUAUCCGAUGCUGACACUAACAAUAAUCCUGUAUCACCUUCACCAUCCCCAUUUUUAAAAGCCCCAUCUCCUCAACCUCCGCCCGCCCUUCCGGAGCAAGCGAAAGCAAUGCAACAGAAGACCAUCCAGCAGAAAAGAGCGGAAGCGGCAGAGAAGAGACGUCUGGCGGAGGCUAGAGCGGCAGAAGCACGGCUGAAGCACGUGCAGCAACCGUUGCAACAGCAAGAUCAGCAAAAGAGAGAGCAAGACCAAGCAGGGCUGGAUUUUUUCCAUGCGGAGGGGCCCUUGCGCCGUGGUUUAGACCCCUUUGUAGCUACUUCGUCGUCUCCGGCGAAAGCGCCCUCUUCAUCUCCCCAAAAGCUGCGCUUCUCUUCGCCCAGCAGAGAUCCCAUCGACGACGAGAUUAUAUUACCCCCAUCGCCUCCUCAACGCGUCAACGCCCGUAUUGCAACCUCUUCCAAACCUAACGGAAAUAAGUUGUCACCACGAACCGCUGCUGCUGCAGGUUUCAGCCAAAUUGACCCUAUUGAUCUCUCAUGGGACGACGACGAUGAGGCCGAUGCUGCCAAUUGGCAAGUCUCCCCUUCCCCUCAUGUACGCCCUUUGUUACCCAAGACCCCUGGGAGUAGUGUGGCCACCAGAUCUGAUAUGCCUCCGCCCCCCGUGCCAUCAACUUCCAGAAUGGGCAUAGUAGCUUCAUCGCCUUUUGCUCCUUUAGUACCAAGCGCGAUGAGUACAUCUGUUGGGGACACACAAUUCCCUGUGAGAAGGCUAGGCAUGGCUAGGAGACGGAUCAUCCUGCCUUCUUCUGAGGAGAACAAUUCUCCCAUCGGACCAUCUAACAAUACUGAUGUGAUCCACUCUAGAAUGCAAUCAUCGGGAGGAGUGGUAGACCCUGAUUCUUCUCCCAUGGUGCCAGUGGGUGCUAGGAGAAGGCCAGGAAGAUUGCGAAGGAGAAUCGCAAUUGAUCCAAGCAGCUCCCCUGUGCGAAAUGAACCCAGUGUUGGAUCUGAACGGCCACAUGCCAGAGUCAUUGGCAGGGAAGGAAGAAGGGAAGAUGGAAGACAAGGAGGCGAGAAGAAGAAGGGACCAAUGGGAAAUUUUAUGGAUCUCGACGCUGAGCUUUCCGGGAACGAUUCGGGUGAUACCUCCGAACAUUCGGCUUCCUCCAUCGCCUCUUCAUCUGACCUCAAUUUCGCAAACGAGUUCGCUCCCACCCAAGCGCCAAAAGGCUACAAUCAACGAGCUAUAUAUCUUGCCGGUCUUGGCACCCAGGCUCAAGGCCAUGGCCUCCAGUUUAAAAGGGACAUGGCCAAAGAACGGGAGGAAUUUUUGCAAAGAGCAAGGCGACCUGUGUAUAUUACCGAUGAGGAAGAUGGAGGACCGAAGAGGAGAAGCAGUGAGGACGAGUAUGAGCUUGGUAGCUUUAUAGUGGAUGACGAAGAUGAUGUAGGGUUUAUUUCUCAUAGCGACCCACUUUUCGAUUAAUAUGAAGCGACAUCAAAUUUAUUUAUCCGUCAUUGAUUAUGUUUCUAGAUUAGAUAUGUUGUAAAUAUCUGUGCUCUUAUCAUAUUUUGUGUGUUGCAUGAAUCAUACCAUCGCGGAAUGGAUUCCCCUUACGCAUACAAGAUAUUUGUAUACUACAUGCUUGGUAUAGUCGUUGAUCUUCAUCUCAAUUUCUACAGCAGUUUGACACUCCAAACAUCACAACAAAUCCAAGGGCACAACAGGGAAACCACGAACAUGCGUUUUAGCCUUAUUUUAGUAGUACCCCUCAAUAUUACUUCUUCGUUUGUCUGGCUCUUCAGCCGUCUCUGAUAUUUCCUCCACUUCUUUCGGUUCUUCCAGUUCCAUUUCUAGAUUGCUUGCUCUGAUGGCGGGCCGGCACCCUGAGCGCCAUUCGCUGUGUCAUUGUCAAUCCAGCCAACCUUCCUCUCCUUUGCGGAGAAACCUUCUUGGGGUAUCGCGAUUGGCUCCAGUACCGGGAGACCCAGGGGCGAACGACCCAUCAACUUCACAUCCUCCACUCUUUGACGGUCAAUAUCGCUAAUAGUAAUAUCUCUCAUUCUGCUUUCCAAUUUAUGCGAUAUGGGUUCAGUAACAGGUGAUAAAUCUGGGAAGCUGGCUGAAUGACGCCUGCCUUUCCGGCUCUCCUCCGAUCUUGAAUACAGAUGAUUGUUGAUGGUCCCUAGAGCAGACUGGAUAGCGUCCUUUGUGUACCUAGUCAGCUUUUGUAACACAGGAUGUUGACAGCUCGC